AUGUUCUUCUCCUCCGCGAGGAAGCCCCCCGCGGAAGGUUCCCCGAAGCGGGACGCCGCAGCCGCCUCUCCGGUGACCGCAGCAGCAGCAGCAGCAGCAGCAGCAGCAGGGGGCGCGGGCCUCUGCGUCGUGGGCAUUCUGCUCUUCAACCCGACGCUGCAGCCGGAGCCCUCGGCGCCCGCGGCCGCGGCGGAAGACGCAGCAGCAGCAGCAGCAGCAGCAGCAGCAGCAGAGUCGGGAGAAGAGGAAGAAGAGGGCCUUUCGCGCGAAGAAAAGGAACAGGAAGCAAAAGUGGUCUUCAGCUUUCCCAGAGACAGAGAGCCCGAAGAGAGGCGCAGCCAGGCGGGGCUGUUGGAGGGGCUUUUGCUGUUCACCAACAAAAGCUUCCUUUCGUGUGAAUUGCUGCAGCAAAGCAGCAAGCAGCAGCAGCAGCAAGCAGCCAGAAGCAGCAGCAGCAGCGCAGCAAACAGCGCCAGCAUCAGUGCAGCUAGCAGCAGCAGCAAACAGCAAACAGCGCCAGCAGCAGUGCAGCUAGCAGCAGCAGCAGCAGUGCAGCAAGCAGCAGCAGUGCAGCAGCAGCAGCAGCAGAAAGGCCUGGUUUGUGUGGCUCAUUUGCUGCCAAAGGCUCAUCUCUGGCGGGGCCUUUGUGAGCGAUCUGAGGUGUACGUACACCGCAAUGUGCGCAGGCCCUUCACUCCUGGGGGCCAGCCUUUGCGUUCGAUUUGCACGGAAAAAUAUAUAAUUGUGAUUGAAGAAGUGGAAUUGAAUUACUGGCUGUCGAUGUCUUUCUCAGUUCCUCUUUUGGAAAGUUUAAAAAAUGUCGAAGAAGACACUCGGGAGGAAAUUCUUUUGGGUGUUCUGCGGAACUACGCCGCAGUCUUCCGGCUGCUGCACGGGCGCUUCGACUUGUUCAUUAAAAACGGAAAAAAAGAUGAACUUAGAGAAGUCUUAAAUGACUAUUCUGCAGCUUUUGUCGAAACAAUUGACCCAAAAAAGCUUUCCCUUUUCCACGCAACAGCAGGAGUCCACUACGCCCCCGCGGACCGUCUGGCUUACCUUUCAGUUCCUUCUUUGAUUUCUCUUUUGCAAAAUAAAUUUCCUUCAAUUCUGCAUGCAGCUUUGGUCAUUAACGGCUGUCUUCUUUACCAGUCGUGA